AUGGCAGCACGGGGAUCCCGGCCCGCGGUCCUGUGCCUCCUGUUCCUUGCCCCGCUGGUCGCCGAGCGCCAGGGUCCGGCCGGUGCGGGGGGCGCAGCGCCCGGAGGAUUAGCUGAACCGUUCUUUGUUGCAAAACAUGAAGAUAGCUUGUUUAAGGAUUUAUUUCAAGACUAUGAAAGAUGGGUUCGUCCUGUGGAACACCUGAAUGACAAAAUAAAAAUAAAGUUUGGCCUUGCAAUAUCUCAGUUAGUGGAUGUGGAUGAAAAAAACCAGUUAAUGACAACAAAUGUCUGGCUGAAACAGGAAUGGAAAGAUGUAAAAUUAAGAUGGAACCCUGAUGACUAUGGUGGGAUAAGAGUCAUACGUGUCCCUUCAGAUUCUCUCUGGACUCCAGACAUCGUUUUGUUUGAUAAUGCAGACGGACGUUUUGAAGGGGCCAGCACGAAAACUGUUGUCAGGUACGAUGGCACCGUUACCUGGACUCCGCCGGCCAACUACAAAAGUUCCUGCACCAUAGACGUCACGUUUUUCCCGUUUGAUCUCCAGAACUGUUCCAUGAAGUUUGGUUCUUGGACUUACGAUGGAUCCCAGGUGGACAUAAUUUUAGAAGACCAAGAUGUAGACAAGAGAGAUUUUUUUGACAAUGGAGAAUGGGAAAUUGUGAGUGCAACAGGAAGCAAAGGGAACAGAACCGACAGCUGUUGCUGGUACCCGUAUAUCACUUACUCGUUUGUAAUUAAGCGUCUGCCUCUCUUUUAUACCUUGUUCCUUAUUAUCCCCUGUAUUGGGCUCUCGUUUUUAACUGUACUUGUCUUCUAUCUUCCUUCAAAUGAAGGUGAAAAGAUUUCUCUCUGCACUUCAGUACUUGUCUCUUUGACUGUCUUCCUUCUGGUUAUUGAAGAAAUCAUACCCUCAUCUUCAAAAGUAAUACCUCUGAUUGGGGAGUAUCUGGUGUUUACCAUGAUUUUUGUGACACUGUCAAUUAUGGUGACUGUCUUUGCCAUCAACAUUCAUCAUCGUUCUCCCUCAACACAUGAUGCUAUGGCUCCAUGGGUCCGCAAGAUAUUUCUCCAUAAGCUUCCAAAACUGCUCUGCAUGAGAAGCCACGUAGACAGGUUGUUGAAGAUUGGAAGUUCAUAG